AAGAACUCUUCCAAUAUAUGGAAAUUAUUUAAAGAGCUUACUGGUAAAAAACAGAUGACAACACAAACUCGUUCGGAUGUCUGCGCGUUAAACAAGUCAUUUAUACGUCGGCAAGCUAAUUUCACCCUUCCUAAUGUGCAAAAUCAAGUGGAUAGCUGCUUUCCAGGUUUCAAUACAAAUGAUGUAUUUAAAUGUCUAAAGUCUUUGAAUCCCUCCCAAAGCUUAGGUCCUGAUGGUGUUUCUAGUAUCAUAUUUAGAAAAUGUGCAGAUAUUUUGUGUCAUCCACUUACAGAUAUCUUCAAUGUAUCGUUCUCUAAAAACAUAAUACCCACUGCUUGGAAGCAGAUAAAAAUUGUACCUGUGCCUAAGCCAUCUUCUGGAUCAGAUGUUACUUUUCGACCCAUCGCUAUAACUUCCCCUUUUCUGAAGACAAUGGAGAAAUUACUUCUGCUUGUGAUUGAGCCUUCAUUGAUGGCCUUCAGAGAUCCAAAACAGUUUGCUUACAAACACCGGAGGAGUACUUUAGAUGCAGCUACUGUCUUGCAUCAUAAUAUUGUUUCUAGUCUCGACAAAGGUGUUAAGUAUGUCCGUUGUGCCUUUUUGGAUUACUCAUCAGCCUUUGACUCUGUUCCUAGACCACUUUUGUUAAAUAAGCUUGCCAUAGCUCACACUGAUCCAUGGGUUACAAAAUGGCUGCAUUCUUAUUUUUCUGAAAGGAAACAGUACACUAUUCAUAA